AUGACGACUCAGAGGCCCAACAUCAUCUUCAUCAUGGCUGAUGACCAUGCUUCCAAGGCCAUUAGUGCCUAUGGAGCUGGCAUCAACCACACGCCCAACAUUGACCGUCUGGCAAGCGAGGGGAUGAAGUUCAACCACUGCUACGUGACCAAUUCCAUCUGCACACCGUCACGAGCAGCUAUCCUGACUGGUACUCACAACCACGUCAACGGCGUGAUGACCCUGAACGACAGCAUAAACAAGAAUUUACCCAAUGUUGCAAAGCACCUACGAACAGGCGGUUACAACACGGCGAUGGUGGGAAAAUGGCACUUGGGCGAGGGCAAGCAAAACGAACCCACUGGCUUCGACUACUGGUCCGUCCUCCCUGGGCAAGGUGACUACUGGGACCCAGAGUUCAUCGAGCCGUCCGGCGAAAAGAUCGAGGAGGGCUACGUCACAGAUAUCAUCACAGACAAGUGCCUCGACUUCAUCAACAAGACCAAAGACACCGACAAGCCCUUCUUCGUCAUGUGCCACCACAAAGCCCCCCACCGCUCGUGGGAGUGCGACGACAAGCACAAGAACCUCUACACCGAUCCGAUCCGCGUCCCCGAGACCUACGACGACGACUACAAGAACCGCGCCAAGGCGGCGAAGAUCGCCAAGAUGCGCGUCGCAGAGGAUCUGACGUACCAAGACCUGGGGCUCGUGCAGCCGGACGGCGGAAACAGGGUCGGCGAGCGCGUGGUGCAGGAGUCGGGCUCUGCGCAGCGCAAGAUCCCGACCGAUGCCAAGAGGCUGAUUGACAAGGAAGAUGGGACGGUGUUCACAUUCAAGAACGGCGACGACCUUGCGCACUUCAAGUUCCAGCGAUACAUGCAACGCUACCUUCGCGUUAUCCAGUCUGUGGACGACAAUGUCGGCCGAAUGCUGAACUACCUUGAAGACAACGGGCUGGCUGAUAACACCAUUGUGAUCUAUACGUCGGAUCAAGGGUUCUUCUUGGGUGAGCACGGGUGGUUUGACAAGCGGUUUAUGUACGAGGAGUCGUUCCAGAUGCCGUUCCUCAUCCGCUAUCCCGCAGCAAUUGCCAAGGGCGCGGUGUGUGACGACAUCAUCUGCAAUGUCGACUUUGCGCCGACUUUCCUCGACUUCGCGAAUCUGCCAGUGCCAAGUUACAUGCAGGGCGUCUCAUUCCGGGAGCUGCUCAGCGGCAGGACGCCCGCAGACUGGCAGCAGAUUGCAUACCACCGGUACUGGAUGCACAACGACAUCAUCCAUCACGCAUAUGCGCACUAUGGUGUUCGAGACCAACGAUACAAGCUCAUCUACUGGUACAACGAGGCCCUAGACGUGGCGGGCGCCAGGCCAGGCGGCGAAAAGGACAAGGAGUGGGAGUUGUUUGACUGCGAGAAAGACCCCUUGGAGCUGUUCAACGUGUAUCACGAUCCUGCAUAUGCUGAAGUCGUGAAGCACAUGACGGGACUGCUGGAAUUGAAGAUGGUGCAGAUCGGGGAUGAACCCGUUCAUCCAAGGCCUGGUGCGACGAGUGGGUCGGUUGAGCUCGCGAAUGAUGGACUCGUUCGUUGGGUGCUUCCAGGCCGGACCAGCCACCGCACGUCAAACAUGCUCACAAUGCAGAUGGCGAAAGUAGAGGAGGACGCCAACAUAACAGUGUUGGCUGCACACCAGCUUACUUCGACUAAGCCCCGGCGACUGCGAGGAACCCGAGCAUGCCGGAGCUGUCGGGACAAGAAGGUUCGCUGUUCCGGAACAUCUCCGUCGUGCACAAAUUGCAAACGACACGGGCGAGAAUGUACAUACCCCAGCCCUGCCCGCAGCGUCCGGGCGCCAUCUCCGCAGAGCACGUCCACCGAGGGGGAGGACUUUCUUCACGGUGCCGAGAUCGCCCAGCACAUACCCACUUGCGUAGAGUCCUUCUUCGAGAAGGUUUACCCACUUCCAUCCCAUGCGUUUCUUCAUCCGGAAACGACAAUGGAGAGGUGCCGGGCUGGCAAGAUCGACCCGGCCUUGGCGUAUGCCAUAUGCGCUCUGGCAACGCUACACUCGGCUUCGGACCUUCAAACCCGAGAGAGAGCCACUCCGUGGGUUCAAACGGCUGAACAGUGGAUAUGGCACCACCUCGAGUGUCCCACAAUAGCACGUCUCCAGGCUCUUUUGCUCAUCAUUCAUUAUCAGAUGGAGACUGGACGGUUCCAAAGGGCUUUCAUGCUCACCGCCACUGCAGCGAGGUUUGCUGCCGCCAUGCGAUUAAAUCAUGAACGGCCUGAUCUAGACCUUGUUGCUCAAGAGGUGCGGCGACGUAUCAUGUGGUCCCUCAAGAUCACUGAAAGAUACUUUUCGGUUGGCCUCCCGGAGUUUGAGGCUUGCCCGAUUGAAACAAUUUACUUACAGUUCCCAUCAGCCGAGGAGGAGUUCUGUCCAACGUUUGAGCCAGGAGAUGGCAGCUGCUACAGGCUAUAUGUCAGGCUUGAGAUUAUCCGGAGAGACAUCAUGAAGUUGACGAGGGGCGUUGCACUCUGCGACCAGCCUUUCAUGCCCCUGGCAAAACUAAUUGGGGACUUUGAGAGAGACUUGGCUGAAAUCGGAUCUCAGAUGCCCGAUGGCAUAGAGUUCCCUCUGUCUCAAAUUGAGGCACAUUUCAAUGACCGAUGGCUCAGAAGACGACUCUUCAUGCACGUCUCCUUCCAUCAAGCGCACUGCGAUCUUUACCGAAUCCUGCUGUCUGGCUACCCUGAAGCAGCGCCUCGGGUGGUCCUCGAUGCCAUUGAUGAAGGCUACAUAACGGCUGCAUACCGCGAUUGCCUCAAGCACUCUACGUCUAUCAUUCAAAUUUUGACCAACUUGAAUCAACACAGCCCCAGCCAUCUGCUUCUGGAGUUCGAUACCGCAAUAUGUGCAUAUCAUGCUACAAGGCUUGUGCUGUUCAUAUCUCGCUCUGGAAGAUCUCAGGAUUUACCAUCGCCUGAAUUUGCUCAGAGUCGCGCAGCUCUAUGCUUGGCUGCGCUGAAGCGGUUCUUCCCAACAUCUGCUUUAGUCAAACCAAUCAUCAACGACAUGGAGCGUUUGACGCAAGGACAUGCGCCGCAGGAAACAGGGAUCGGUGGGCUUUCCUCGCCAGAGUUCCAAGAAGGGAGAAGGAACUUGGAGCAACAGCUCUCCACAGCCGCUAAAGCCAGACAGAGGCUCGCCAUACACAGUUUGUUGAGACAAGCCGACUUUACCGACGAGGAUGACGGGGAACAGUCGUCUUCGAUGUCAACAACCGGACUAUCCCCCGUCAUGACAAGACGGACGCCGUGA